GCUGAAAUUAUACGUAUAAAUGAUCAAUUAUCUAUUGAAAUAUAUUAUGGAUUUAUACGAAUUAAAUUAAAUGAAAAUGAUUAUUUAGAUAAUAAUCGUUUGAUUAAUGAUGGUUAUUAUCAUUUAAUACAAAUUACAUAUGAUAUAACAGGAUAUUUAUCUUUAAAUGUUGAUAAUAAAGCAGUAAUAAAACAAUUAAAUUAUAAAUUAGUAUUUGAUAAACCAUUGGUAUUAUUAAUUGGACAAAAUCCAAUAUUUACAUAUCCAUUUCAGGGUCAACUCUAUGGUCUUGAAUCUGAUAUUUAUUCUAUAUUUGAUUUAAUAUCACAAACAUUCCAACGUAUUUCAUUCACACCUGUUCGAAAUACAUCUCUGCUGUCUUUUUCAUCACCUAUUAUUUAUCCAUCGUAUCGAAUCAAAGAUGAUUUUACGCGUUCAUCAUGUCCAUAUCAACCAAAUGAUGAUAUUUGUAUGAUAAUAUCUGAUACAAAUUCAAGUUUAUUAUCAUAUUCGAAUGUAACAAGUCAAGUAUCUCUUCCUAAACGAAUACCAUCUCGAUCUACAAUUAAAGUAACAUCAAGAACUUCCGUAAUAACUUCAACAACAUCCUAUCAACUAUUAACUUCUCAUAUAUUAAAUUCAACAAAUCUUAGUGAUAUUCCAGCAUUAAUUGUUUCAAUUCGUACACCCGAUACAAAUCGAUUUCGAGAUAAAUUUUAUUGGCAAUAUAUUUGGAUAUUUGCUAUAUUUUUUCUAUGUAGUAUUGUAUUCUGUAUGAUAUUAUGUAUCUGUGCUUGUAUGAAAUAUCGUCGAAAAGAUGCAGGCGUUUAUGAACUUGAAGAGACACAACGAUUUCGACCAUUAAUUGUUGAAAUACCGUCAUCACCCGGUGAAUAUAAUCAACAAGGAUUAAAUUCAACAAAAUCUCGAACAAAAAAACCUAAUAUCAAAUCACAUUCACGACGCAAACGUAAAAAAUCACCAUUAUUAACAGCAGAUGACCAGCGAGAAUUUUAUAUUUAA